AUGCUCGGUCAAUCUCUCAGGGCCUCGCGCCAGUCGCUCGUUCGUCUUGCUAAGCAGCAGUCGGCCACCACCUUCCGCCGUACUUUCGUUACUCCCACUGCUGUUCGCCAAGCCGAUCUCGUCCAGGACCUCUACCUCCGCGAGCUCAAGGCUUACAAGCCCCCCACCGUCAAGGCCACCGACUCUGAGGGCCAGGUCCAGAAGUUCGCCCUUCCCCAAGCCCCUGCCUCCCCCGAGGAGGCCGACAUUGCCAGCCAGCUCAGCGCAUACGAGACCCAGGAGGUCGAGGUUGAAGGUCAAGUCGAGGCUGGUGCCGCCCCCGUCGAGGACUGGUAUCGCUCCCACAAACUACAUUCCCUGUCACGGGCAGCCAUCACUAACCGCUACUCUCAGNNGUUCGAUGAGAGCGAGCUUGCCGACGAGGAGCCCGCCCACCACUAA